GGAGCCAAUUUGGUUGCAACACACGGAAGUAUGGAAGAUGCGAAUGAAGAUCCGUUAUUGUUGUCUGAUGAUGAGAUAGUUGGGGAUAAUAUCGAUAGUAUGGACAGAGAACCGUUAGGAGAAGAUAAAGAGGUUGCUCCGGAGGUAGGUAUGAUUUUCGAUGGUGAAAAAGAGUUGUUUGACUUUUAUAAGAGAUAUGCUUAUGCCGUCGGCUUUCCCGUGAAGAAAAGGAAUUCGAAAAAGGGUGACGAUGGAGUUGUUAGAUUUAUCACAUUCACAUGUAGCCGUGAAGGACGAAGAGGCAGUAACACAAGUAGUACUUUGAAGCCGCAACCAACAAGUCAAAUAGAUUGUAAAGCAAGAAUAUCUGCAUCUGCAGAUAAAGUUGGGAAAUGGAGAAUUAACACCGUCUAUCUCGAGCAUAAUCAUAAAACAAGUCCUUCGAAGUCGAGGUUGUUUCAAUGUAAUAGAGAAUUGAUUGCAAAUGCGAAGAGAAAGCUUGAAUUAAAUGAUAUGGCAGGAAUUCCGUUGCACAAAAGUUACAACUCCGCAGUUGUGGAAGCGGGGGGGUAUAAUAAUUUGACUUAUGUUGAGAGGGAUUGUCGCAACUAUAUUGAACAAGUAAGACGGUUACGACUUGGAGAAGGAGACGCCACAGCUUUACAAUCCUACUUUUCAAAGAUGCAAGCACGGUGUUCGGGAUUUUAUUUCAGUAUGGAUUUGGAUGAUGAGUCACGGUUUCGAAAUAUAUUUUGGCAGAUAACAGAUGUAGGCAAGCAUACAAGGAGUUUGGCGAUGUUGUUACCUUUGACACGACGUAUCUUACAAAUAAGUACGACAUGCCUUUCACUCCUUUUGUCGGAGUUAAUCACCAUGGACAAUCAAUACUGCUUGGUUGUGGUUUGUUGUCAAAUGAGAACACGGGUACAUUUGUGUGGUUGUUCAAGACAUGGCUCGAGUGCAUGCAUGGCCAGCCUCCCUACGGAAUAAUUACGGAUCAAGAUAGGGCCAUGCAGAAUGCGAUUGAGAUUGUGUUUCCAAAUACUAAACAUAGAUGGUGUUUAUGGCAUAUUAUGAAGAAGUUGCCAGAAAAAUUUGGCUAUCAUGUUGACAAAGGUUCGAUAUUCUCAUC